UGCAACAGAAGACCAUAAGAAGAGCACGAGGCAGUAAGAGAAGACCAAGAUGGACCCGAUGAGCCCCAACCUCACCAACACGUCCCUGCUGCCGAACCGGACGGACCGGCCCGAGCUGACCCCGGCUGACGUCACCAUGCAGCUGGUGUUCGGCUCGAUGAUGCUGGUCUUCGGGCUGAUCGGAGUCGUCGGGAACGCCGUCGCCUUGUACGCUUUCUGCAGUACUCGCAAACUGAGGAGACCCAAAAACUACGUGGUGGCAAACCUGUGUCUGACAGACCUCAUCAUGUGCAUCGUUUACUGUCCUGUUAUCGUGAUCAGUAGCUUCAGUGGAAGAAUCCCGACAGAUGGCGCGUGCACGAUGGAAGGGUUCGUGGUCGGGAUGGCGAGCAUCGCGUCGGUUGGCAGCCUGGUCGCCAUAGCCGUGGAGCGGUUCUUCAGCAUCACCCGGCCGAUGAAAUCUCUCACCAUACUCACCAAGCGGACUUUCCUAGGCGGAGUCGCUGUCGUGUGGCUCUACUCCCUCAUUCUUGUCAUACCACCGCUGCUCGGCUGGGGGCGCUACGUGCGGGAGGAGACCAAGCUGAGCUGUUCCUUCGACUACCUGUCGACGGACGACGCGAACAGAUCUUACGUCAUCUGGCUCGUGAUUGUCGCGUUCGGAUUGCCUCUUCUCGUGAUCGCGUAUUGCUACAUCAGCGUCUUCAUCACCGUUAAAAAGUGCACGAAGAAGAGAAAACUCAUGUCUCCCCACAAGAAGUCCAGAUCCGAAGUCAAGACUGCGGUAAACGCGUUCAUCAUGACCACAGCGUUCUGCCUGUGUUGGUGUCCGUAUGCUGUGGUGGCGACGAUGGGAAUCAGCGGUUCCUCUGUCCAAGGCACGGUGGUCUUCGGAGCUGCUCUACUCGCCAAGCUGUCCGUACUCAUCAACCCAGUUGCUUACGUGUUCUCCAUUCCGAGUUUCCGCAAGGCGCUGUUCGGACACAGGAAGAGAGGAUACGGCACGUCCGAUGGGCUGGCGAACGAUUCCUCGUCAGAGAAAAGACGGGGGAAGAAGCAUGAAUCCGAUGCCAACAGCGCGACCGAGUAUCUCAGACUGACUGUGUUUUACUCGAUGUACAGCCGAACGGGGCAGCUGAGUCCAUGGGCAUCCAAGCGGCUGGCAGGGAAGACCAAGUCCAUGCUGGAUCUGACUACGGAAUAUGGACGGUUGGAAAGGACUGCGCACAAGGAGAGCUGGGUGUGA